AUGAACAAACUGGAGAAAAAGGCUGACUCUGCUGCAGCUGUAAACCUGGACACACCUUAUGCAGCAGCAGAGGGAAGGAUGAGGAUUAAAGUGAGCUUCCACCCACACUACAAACACGGGGCACCCCGGUCUCAAAAACAAAGCCGUCCUCCUCCUCCAGUGCAUUCGUCUCUGAGGAACACAGCUCAGCAGUCUCUCCUUGGCAUCUGCUCAUCAACGCUUCUCAACCCGAACAACCAGGUACCACACAAAAUGGGCAUCCACAAUAAAAGAGGCAGACGUCAGUGCUGGAUGGUCCCAUCUCACCAGGUGACUGAAAAUCAACAACAGGAGGACAGUGACCUCAUUAAACCCAGAAAGCUGCCAAAUCCCGUCCUGGCUUCCCACCAACACAGAGCUCUCCAUCAAGAGCUGCUAUUCUGCCACAGACGAGGUGUACUGCCAAGAAAAAAGCCGGAGCUGCUGUGUGUCCUCGAACAAAAACAGAGACAGAAGAAAAAGCAGGAGCUGGCUCUCCACCCUCCCUCUGACUUGGAGGUGAAGCUACGUAUACGCCAGCAGAGAAUGCAAUUUUACGAGCUGGAGAAGAAGAGGAGGAGCGAAAGUCUGAAGAAUGUGCCAGAAUUUAUUCGUGUGAGACAAACACUGAAGCACAUCGCAAAUCCUUCCCUGUGA